AAAGUAACUUUACCUUCCUUGAUGCUGAGGAAGUAUGAUGAGAAAGAAACCCUAGUGAAGGACCCGUUUCCUGUAUUCCAACUCAUUCUCACCGACUUUGGCUUUUGGAAAGUGGACUUUCCUCCAGUCCUGCCCGGCCUUUGAGCGAGGACAGGAAGUAGACGCCCCGCCUGUGUUCUGUGGCGAGAAGUGCCUUGGGGUUCUGAGGAAACAUACUCACAAUCGACUUCCCUUACGGCUUGUGUAAAAGUCAGGGCCCUCUGUGAGCAGAACUUUCAGAAGAGCUCCUGGGAGCCCCAGCAACUGGAUUAAUUGCUAGGAAAAUGGCAGACGGUUUUUCGCUUAAUGAUGCCGUAUGUGGGUCUGGGAACCCCAACCCUCAAGGAUGGCCUGGUCCAUGGGGAAACCCGCCUGCUGGGGCAGGAGGCUACCCGGGGGCUGCCUAUCCUGGGACCUACCCCGGACAGGCACCUCCUGCCGCCUACCCUGGACAGGCACCUCCUGCUGCCUACCCUGGACAGGCACCUCCUGCUGCCUACCCCGGACAGGCACCUCCUGCCGCUUAUCCCGGACAGGCACCUCCUGGCGCCUACCCUAGCCCUACAGCACCUGCUUAUCCCGGACCUAAUGCCCCAAUGCCCGGCCCCGGACAACCAAGUGGGCCUGCGGCCUACCCUGGUGCGGGCCCCGCUGGUGUCCCUGCUGGACCACUGACUGUGCCUCAUGAAAUGGCUUUCCCUGGAGGAGUCAUGCCUCGCAUGCUGAUAACAAUUAUGGGUACAAUAAAACCCGAUGCAAACAAACUUGUUUUAGAUUUCAAGAGAGGGAGUGAUGUGGCCUUCCACUUUAACCCACGCUUCAAUGAGAACAACAGGAGAGUCAUUGUUUGCAACUCAAACCUGAAUAAUAACUGGGGACAGGAAGAAAGGCAGAUGAUUUUCCCAUUUGAAUGUGGUAAACCAUUCAAAAUCCAAGUACUGGUUGAAUCCGACCACUUCAAGGUUGCAGUCAAUGAUGCUCACUUGCUGCAGUACAAUCACCGGAUGAAAAAUCUCAGGGAAAUCAACGCAUUGGCAGUUAGUGGUGACAUCAGUCUCAAUAGUGUUACACACGCUAUGAUAUAAUCUUAAAGGGGCAGAUAUUCUUUUAAGAAAUAAAAAUGAAUGUAAACCUUACCCAUUUAAAAGUUUCAUGCUCACUGUAAGUGAAAAAUUUUGCCUUUAUUCAACAACGUCCUUCUUAUAAAUCAUUCAUUUAAUAAAUAUUCUAAGAGUUAA